CGCGCUGGCUGGCGGCAGCGGCGGCAGCAGCAGCAGCGGCGGUGGCGUUGGUGGCGGGUCGGUGUGAGUUGUUUCCUCCUCCUGCCCGUGGGUUGAAUGGUGGAGCCGACACUCUUCCUAGUGAACGAACAGUGACAGCUACCGGGCGGGCGGGCGCGUUUCGCUGGGACCCGACGCUGCCGCGGGAGCGCGGCCCGAACCUCCCUCCCCCCUUAUACCCCCCCCUCCCCUCCCCGGUUUUCGCCUCGCCAUGUCCGGGGACGGCGGCAGCAGGCACACGGCGGAGCUGCGAGCGGAGCUCUACUUCCUCAUCGCUCGAUUUUUGGAGGACGGACCCUGCCAGCAAGCGGCUCAGGUCCUGAUCCGAGAAGUGGCUGAGAAAGAGCUGCUGCCCAAGCGGACCGACUGGACGGGCAAGGAGCAUCCCCGUAGCUACGAGAACCUGGUGAAAUAUUACAGACACUUGGCACCUGACCACUUGCUUCAAAUAUGCCAUCGACUUGGACCUCUUCUAGAGCAAGAAAUUCCCCAGAGUGUCCCUGGAGUGCAGACAUUAUUAGGAGCUGGCAGACAGUCUUUGCUUCGUACAAACAAAAGUUGCAAACAUGUUGUAUGGAAGGGAUCUGCUCUUGCUGCACUACAUUGUGGGAGGCCUCCAGAGUCACCUGUAAAUUAUGGCAGUCCACCUAGUAUAGUGGAUACCCUCUUUUCAAGAAAACUAAAUGGAAAAUACAGACUUGAACGCCUCGUUCCAACUGCAGUCUAUCAACAUAUGAAGAUGCACAAACGAAUUUUAGGACACUUAUCCUCUGUAUACUGUGUAACUUUUGAUCGGACUGGCAGGCGAAUAUUUACUGGAUCAGAUGAUUGCCUUGUAAAAAUCUGGGCAACAGAUGAUGGAAGAUUGUUGGCUACCCUAAGAGGGCAUGCAGCUGAAAUAUCUGAUAUGGCAGUCAACUAUGAAAACACCAUGAUAGCUGCUGGAAGCUGUGAUAAAAUGAUCAGAGUUUGGUGCCUUCGAACUUGUGCACCCUUAGCAGUUCUGCAGGGCCACAGUGCAUCUAUAACAUCAUUGCAGUUCUCUCCACUGUGCAGUGGCUCAAAGCGAUACUUGUCUUCAACUGGGGCAGAUGGAACAAUAUGCUUCUGGCUGUGGGAUGCUGGCACCCUUAAAAUAAAUCCAAGGCCAACGAAGUUUACAGAGCGCCCUCGUCCUGGGGUCCAAAUGAUCUGUUCCUCUUUUAGUGCUGGUGGAAUGUUUCUGGCCACUGGAAGUACAGAUCACAUCAUAAGGGUUUAUUUCUUUGGAUCAGGUCAGCCAGAGAAGAUAUCAGAGUUGGAGUUUCAUACUGACAAAGUUGACAGCAUUCAGUUUUCUAAUAGUAGUAGCAGAUUUGUGAGUGGAAGCCGUGAUGGAACAGCACGAAUCUGGCAAUUUAAGCGAAAGGAAUGGAAAAGCAUUUUAUUAGAUAUGGCUACUCGCCCAGCAGGGCAAAGUUUACAAGGAGUUGAAGAUAAAAUCACAAAGCUGAAAGUGACCAUGGUAGCAUGGGACCGCCAUGACAACUCUGUUAUAACUGCAGUAAAUAACAUGACUCUGAAAGUUUGGAAUUCUUUCACUGGCCAACUCAUUCAUAUUCUCAUGGGACAUGAAGAUGAAGUGUUUGUACUUGAACCUCAUCCAUUUGAUCCAAGAGUUCUCUUCUCUGCUGGACAUGAUGGAAAUGUCAUUGUUUGGGAUUUGGCAAGAGGGGUCAAAGUCCGGUCUUACUUCAAUAUGAUUGAAGGACAAGGACAUGGUGCAGUCUUUGACUGCAAGUGCUCUCCUGAUGGACAGCAUUUUGCAUGUACUGAUUCUCAUGGUCACCUUCUGAUUUUUGGCUUUGGUUCCAGUAGCAAGUACGACAAGAUAGCAGAUCAGAUGUUCUUUCAUAGUGAUUAUCGGCCCCUUAUCCGUGAUGCCAACAACUUUGUCCUGGAUGAACAGACACAGCAGGCUCCACACCUUAUGCCUCCCCCAUUUUUGGUUGAUGUGGAUGGCAACCCUCAUCCUGCAAGGUAUCAAAGACUAGUUCCUGGUCGUGAGAACUGCAGGGAGGAACAGCUUAUUCCUCAGAUGGGAGUGACAUCUUCAGGAUUGAAUCAAGUUCUUAGUCAACAAGCAAAUCAAGAAGUUAGUCCGUUGGAUAGCAUGAUUCAAAGACUUCAGCAAGAGCAGGACCAGAGGCGCUCUGGGGAAGCAGGAACCAGUAGUACGAGUCGGAUAAACAGAGGAUCUGUAAGUUCUACCUCAGAAGUACAUUCACCACCAAAUAUAGGAUUAAGGCGUAGUGGACAAAUUGAAGGUGUGCGUCAGAUGCAUAGCAAUGCACCAAGAAGUGAAAUAGCCACUGAGAGAGACCUUGUGGCUUGGAGUCGAAGGGUUGUAGUGCCUGAACUGUCUUCUGGUGUGGCCAGUAGGCAGGAAGAAUGGAGAACAGCAAAGGGAGAAGAAGAAGUAAGAGUGUAUCGAUCAGAAGAGAAAAGGAAACACAUAACAAGUCACAUUCAAAGAGAGAAUAAGAUACCCACAUUCUCUAAGAACCAUUCUCAUGAUCAUUUACUAGACAUGAGCGACUCAAAAAAACAGCAGCAAGCUAAUCAGCACAACUACCGUACGAGAUACGCAGUAGAAGAAACUGCAAGGCCUGCAGAAGAGUUAGAAAAUGGACACAGUUCCUCGGAUGAAGGGGAAGUAGUUGUUGCCAGUGGUGGAACAUCAGAAGAUGAUGAAAGAGCAUGGCACAGUGAUGGCAGCUCUAGUGACUACUCAAGUGAUUAUUCUGACUGGACGGCAGAUGCAGGAAUCAAUUUGCAACCACCAAAGAAAAUCCCUAAAAUUAAAACAAAGAAAGCGGAAAGUAGUUCAGAAGAUGAAGAAGGACCUGAAAAACAAAAGAAGCAAAUUAAAAAGGAAAGGAAAAAAGGAAUUGAGGAGAAAGAUGGACCGUCAACAUCACCAAAGAAGAGGAAACCCAAAGAGAGAAAACAAAAGAGGUUGGCUGUAGGAGUUCUGGCAGAAAAUGGUUUGACACUGGAAGAAUGGCUGCCUUCAGCAUGGAUUACAGACACUGUUCCUCGUCGGUGCCCAUUUGUGCCACAGAUGGGGGAUGAGGUCUACUAUUUCCGACAAGGUCAUGAAGCAUAUGUUAUAAUGGCAAAAAAGAACAAAAUAUAUAAUAUUAAUCCCAAGAAGCAGCCAUGGCAUAAAAUGGAAUUACGGGAGCAAGAGCUGAUGAAAAUAGUUGGGAUUAAGUAUGAAGUGGGAUUGCCUACUCUCUGCUGUCUUAAACUGGCUUUUCUUGACCCUGAUACGGGUAAACUAACUGGAGGAUCGUUCACCAUGAAGUAUCAUGAUAUGCCAGAUGUCAUAGAUUUCCUAGUUUUGAGGCAGCAGUUUGACGAUGCAAAACACAGGCGAUGGAAUAUAGGUGAUCGUUUCAGGUCAGUGAUAGAUGAUGCGUGGUGGUUUGGAACAAUUGACAGCCAGGAACCUCUUCAGCCUGAUUAUCCUGAUAGCUUAUUUCAGUGCUACAAUGUCUGCUGGGACAAUGGUGAUACUGAGAAGAUGAGCCCUUGGGACAUGGAGCUGAUACCAACUAAUGCUGUAUUUCCAGAAGAACUGGGAACUAGUGUUCCUUUAACAGAUGAUGAACGUAGAACACUGCUCUACAAACCUCUGGAUGGAGAAUGGGGUUCCAGGACCCGAGAUGAGGAGUGUGACAGAGUUAUUGCAGGGAUCAACCAACUCAUGACUUUAGAUAUUGCUUCUGCAUUUGUGGCACCUGUGGAUCUCCAAGCUUACCCAAUGUAUUGCACUGUUGUGGCAUAUCCCACCGACCUCAGUACCAUUAAACAAAGACUGGAAAGCAGAUUUUACAGGCGCCUUUCUUCAUUAAUGUGGGAAGUCCGGUACAUAGAACAUAAUACUCGCACAUUUAAUGAACCUGGAAGUCCUAUUGUCAAAUCUGCCAAAUUUGUCACAGAUCUUCUGCUGCACUUCAUAAAAGACCAGAGUUGCUAUGACAUAAUUCCAUUAUACAAUGCAAUGAAGAAGAAAGUAUUGUCUGACUCUGAGGAGGAAGAAGAGAAAGAUACAAAUGUGCCAGGAACUUCCACUAGAAAAAGAAAGGAUCAUCAGCCAAAGCGGCGGCUACGUAAUAGAGCUCAGUCAUAUGAUAUUCAGUCAUGGAAGAAGCAAUGCCAGGAGCUGCUGAAUCUCAUUUUUCAGUGUGAAGAUUCUGAACCGUUUCGACAACCAGUGGAUCUCCUUGAAUAUCCAGAUUACAGAGAUAUUAUCGACACUCCUAUGGAUUUUUCUACUGUUAGAGAAACACUGGAAGCUGGCAACUAUGAGUCACCAACAGAGUUAUGUAAAGAUGUGAGACUUAUUUUCAGCAAUUCCAAGGCCUAUACACCAAGUAAAAGAUCAAGGAUUUACAGCAUGAGUUUGCGGCUGUCUGCUUUCUUUGAAGAACACAUAAGUUCUAUUUUAUCGGAUUAUAAGUCUGCCCUACGCUUUCAUAAAAGAAAUACAAUAAAGAAAAGAAGGAAAAAAAGAAGUAGAAGCAGCUCAGUUUCCAGUAGUGUUGCAUCCAGCCCUGAAAGGAAGAGGAGAUUAAUAAAACCUCAGCUGAAGGCAGAAACUGCUGCCACCUCUUCGUCUUCUGCACCUGUGCGGUCAACAGCACUGAGACAUGCUCCACCUCAGAUGAAUGGAAAAGCAGCUGAAACCUCAUCCCUUGUGCGGACUAGAAGCAAUAGGGGAACAACAGAAGUCGCUGUUACAGAGCAACCAUCUACUUCUUCAGGAGCAAAGCCUUUAACAAUAAAGCCUUUAAUUACAAAGUCUAAUAUUACUGCAGGGUCAGGAAAGUCAGUACUGGAGAAUUCAACCAAACAUUCCAAGAACCAGAAUAGUGUGUCAGUCCCUUCUCAGUCUGAUUACAGUCAUCACACUAGGAAUAACUCCACAAGAGAAAAUCCUGAGAAAGAGAAGCAAGUCAAGCGCAAAGUAAAAUCUGCCACUGUUAAUCAACAAGUAGAUUGCAAGAAUAAUGCUUUGGCAUCAGGAAGCAUCCAGGUAAAUGGACACAGUGGACAGCCUUCAAAACCUCCAGUUAAAAGAGGUCCCGGACGGAAGCCGAAAGUGGAGACUAAUAACAGUACAUGUGAGGUGGUGCACAAGAAGAGAGGCAGAAAACCAAAAAAGCUGCAAAUUGUUGAACAGCAGAAGGCUGCGGAGCAGAAUGCAAUCCAGACCACACAGGAUGUACCAGAAGAAGCCUCUGCUUCUACUGCAUGCAAUUCUCUCUCUGAAAAUAAUAUGAAGGAAGACUUGUUACAAAAAAAAGGCCGUGGGGGUAGAAAGCCAAAAAGGAAGAUAAAGACCCAUCAGCCAGGCUCGGACCUCCUAGUUCCUGCGAAUGUUAAAAUGCAGACAAGAAGCAGGAGGAAAAAGAUAGAUGAGCCUAUGGAGGAGGGAUCUGAAGAGCUUAAAGAUUCUGAACCUCACAUGAGAACUAGAAACCAGGGUAGGAGGACAGCCUUUUACAAUGAAGAUGACUCUGAGGAAGAGCAAAGGCAGCUAUUGUUUGAGGACACCUCCUUAACUUUUGGAACGUCUAGCAGAGGCAGAGUCCGAAAGUUGACUGAAAAAGCAAAAGCUAAUUUAAUUGGUUGGUAAUUUUUACCAGGGGUUUUACUUCAGAAUGCUAUGAAGCAGGUACAGUUAAGGAAUGGCAGAACAGACUUCUGCUUCCCUGCUGCUAUUAUGGGUUGGAAGAGUGUGUUCUGGCUUGAGGAGAAAAAAUUAGCAAAAAAAAAAAAGAACUGAAAGAGCAGUCUUUGAAAGAAAUAUAUAUUUUAAACUUUUGCUAUUUAUUGCCCUCCAGAUAGGUUAUGCAUUUCAACAGUCAUUUUGUUCACAGUUGAGAAUAAUGAAAGCAAUUUCUGGCUGACGCACAUUGUUGAGAGCGACUCUGCUCAAGUAGUGCAUAGUAUCCUUACACCAAUAAAGAAACAGGUGGUAGAACUUGUAAUGCCGCAAACUGAAAGCAGAAGUCUAUUUUUAACCAAGCAAGGUGCACCUUGAUUGUAAAGUCAAGUUGCCUCAGAAUGCAGGUUUUGGCAAAAAGUGGCAGUAAAUUCACUUACAUUUAUACUAAAUACAAAAAUAUCAAACUUUGCUAAUCUAAAAAUGCUUAAUUUCAGUUGGGAUGGAAUGUUCAGCUGCAAAGGAAGCCUAGCACAGGCUGUGGGUUUAUCCAAGCUCUGCCAAACAUAGCAAAAAUGUAAUCACAAAUAUAUAUAUAUAUAUCCACAUUGGAAAAAGUUUGACUAAUGUCUAAUUUUUCAGACCUUGAUUCUUGUAUCAAUCACUAAAUUUCUGUUUAUUGUGCCAAAGACUGAAAAUCAGUGCAGUGGAGAGCCUUUUUUUCUUUCCAGGUGUCAGUAGAGCAUACCAUUUGCAGUGAUAAAAGCUGUGUGUUUUAAAUAGUAAGUGGUUAACAUUGUUCUGAAAUGUAUCCUUUUUGGUACUUUUGGUAGAAAAUAAUGCACUGGUGGGGUCCUUUGACAGAGAUGUUUUAGACAAAACAUGUAAUUGGUUAAAGGAUUCAAGGAAAUUACAGGAAAGGUAUGGAAUGAAGAUGUUUACUUUCUGAUCCAGAUUGAUUGUUGUUUCUACAACUUUAGACGUGCUGAAGAGGCUAAAAUGACCUACAAAGAAGAGUGUAUGUGUAUAUAUUAAUAUAUACAUGAACACAUACAUAUAGAAUAUUACCCAGGUAUAAAUUUUUUUCAGGAUUUUUUAGAUAGCACUAGAACUGAAAAUAAAUUUUAAAAUGUCAUACUUUAUAGUUUAAUUUUAAGGGGAAGAUUGGUUAUUUUCAAUUAUUAAGGUUAAAAGGCCAAAUCACUUUUUAUGCAAUCAUGUUUUAUACAGUGGUCUCAUUGCACAUUGUUUUUCUGCACUUUUUAUGGUAUAUCACGCUGACAUAAGUCAACAUACACCCUAAAGAAAAAUUCCAUUUAAUGAUUGUGCCUUGUAUUCUAUUAUUUCUUGCAUCCUUAGUAAAAUUAAGUUGUCUAUUGUAAAUGAUAACUAUAUGACUUAGGGGAAUGUAUUGUUAUAUGUACUGCUCUGGAAAAGAAAAGCAGUUAUUUAUUUGUUUAUGGUACAUCUACUUAUUUUAUACCUUUGCAAACAAACUUUAAUACCAUUUUCUAUCACUUAAAAAGUAUUGUCCAGUUUUAAGGAAAAAAACAAAUACAGAAGCAGUCAUAUUUUCUGAGAUCCGGUAUGGUACAAAAAUGUAACCAAAAUUGCCUGGUUAUACAUCACUUUGGAAGCUUGGGUAGUGUGAAAGGGUUUUUUUUGUCUGUGUGUGUAUGUGUGACCCUAACUUAGUUGAAGAAAAUAAACCUGAAAUGAAACCUCAAUUCUGUACACCCUUGCUGAAAAAUAAUUCUUUUUACGAACAUCAUCUGCAAUAGCUGGCAGGGAGGGCAUACAGAAUUAAGACCUUAAAUUUGCACAGAUUCUGUAUUCAUUUGGGGCCUGAUUGUUCACUCUUUUAUUUUCUAUUACAUACAAAAAAAAUAAAUAAAAGCUUAAACAACACUGGUAUUUGACACUGAGAGGAAUAGACGCAAGCUAAUGUGGACAGCAAAUUAUUAUCCACCGUACCUAGUUUUACAUUGUUCACCAUGCAUUUAGCUACAAGGAAUGACUAAAAUGUUUUCCAGAUCCUCUUUGAAUUGUUCGGGGUCUGACUGUGGGGAGCAAGGAUUAGUUUGCAUUUCAUUUGUUGGGAUAUUUAUUUUGUCUGACAAGUAUUUCUCUAUGAUCCACUUAAAAUGGAGUCACAAAACGUGUGGUAAGAUAACAAGCUAUGGUUGUACAGUUGCAAUACAGCUUCACAGUUCACAGCUGACUGACUCUACUUGUUAAUUUUGUCAAAUCUCACUGAAGGCAAUCAUUUGAAAAUGUGUAAUUUCCUGAUGUUAUCUGCAUUGUAAUAUAUCAAAUAGAUUAUAUCUAAAAUUCA